CAGGAAAAGGAAUAGAAACACUCGGAUACUAAAUAUAUAAAAAUAACUACCAAUAAGAAUAAUAUUUCACUACCGUAUCUAAUUUUAUGAUAAACACAACUUUUUCAUUUUAUAUAAACUCAAUCGCAGUAAUAACUUAUCAUCAACUGAAAGGAAGAUGGAACAGUGAGAAAGAGAGUUUUCUUAAACGUGAAAACAGAAGCUCAAGAGGGGACACAACUCUUACUCUAUACCUCAGAUUCAUUCAAACUCAAUAAAAUCCACGUAACCGAUAUUCAAAUAGAGUUACACAGUUGCAUCUUGAACAGCUCGCAGCGCGUAUCGUGAUCUUUAAUAUUUUAAUUGUUGAGUCAUUAACUCGAAUGGCCCAUUGUUAACAAUAACAUUUUUUUGAAAAUAUGUUCCGUAUCACAAACGUCGUACCCCUGUUGAUGUCAAUGACAUUACUUGGUCUUAGAGAAUUCAAUGCUCAAAAUGUUCAAAAUUUUCCGAGUCAUCAAGAUCUUGAGUUACCGCUUUCUUUCAAUAAUGACAACCCAAAUACAAUGUACAAAGUGGCUACUUCAAGUUCUUUAAAUGCUGAUAUAUUGAACUCAAUGCGAUUCGGACGCUUAGUUGAAACAUUUCGUACUUCUAGUGAAAAUCAAUUUACAACGCAAUCUAUUUUUGGUAUCAAUGAUAUAAAUGUACCCAAUAGAGAUAUUGAACCACCUCUGCAAAGUUUUCCAGAAGAACCAAUUCCUGGUGCAGCUAUGGAACUGAUUUAUGCAUGGAAGACAGUAGACUAUGAGUUUGCCAGUGAUGUGGCUCGUGAACAAGCAUUAUUAGAGAAGUCGUUUAUUCCAGAAAACAAUAUGCCGUUAGGUAUUGAAUUUUGGCGAGAUAAAGUAUUUAUAACACUUCCAAAAUGGAGACCAGGAGUUCCGGCGACGCUGACUACAGUACCGAGAUACACGGCUACAAAAAGUCCAAAACUCCGACCUUAUCCUAGUUGGGGAUGGCAUUAUCAAGGUUCUUGUGGUGGUAUGACAUCAGUCUUUCGAAUUCAAGUAGAUGAAUGUGAUCGACUUUGGGUUUUAGAUUCAGGGUCAAUAAAUUUAACAGAAACACCUAAAAAAGUUUGUCCACCAGCCAUUUUUAUUUUUGAUUUAAAAACAGACAGACUACUAAAAAGAUAUCAAAUACCAGAUGAUCAAGUCAAAGAAGAUUCACUUUGGUCAAAUAUCGUUGUAGAUAUUCGUAACGGUGAUUGUAAUUCUGCAAAAGCUUAUCUCUCAGACGUAUGGCGUUUUGCAAUGAUAAUAUACGAUUUAUCAAAAGAUACAUCGUUUAGAAUCCAACAUCACUUCUUCUUUCCCAACCCUUUUGCAUCAAAAUACGAAUUACACGGUAUUCGUUUUCAAUGGAUGGAUGGAAUUCUCGGACUAGCGUUAAGUCCAAUAGACGUUAACAAUGACAGGAUUCUUUAUUUCCAUCCAAUGUCUAGCUUUAGUGAAUUCGCGGUAUCAACUGCAGUGUUAGUCGAUCAAGAAACAGCGGAAUCAAAUCCUGAAAGCUUCGCACCCGUCGGUGAGAAAAGAGCCAAAGAUUUUGGUCACUCUUCAGGGUCAGCUAUUGAUAAAAACGGGGUUAUGUUUUUCAAUAUGGUCACCAGAGAUUCCGUAUGGUGUUGGGAUACAAGAAAAGAAUAUUUGCCUCAUAAUUUGGGGUUAGUUGGAGUCAGUAAUGAAACUCUUGUAUUUCCAAAUGACAUAAGAAUUGAUAAUGAAGAGAGACAAAGUUUUUGGACCAUUUCAAAUAGGCUGCCAAUGUUUUUGUACGGCCCAUGGAAUCCAAAUGAUAUUAAUUUUAGAGUGUACAGAGCUUAUGUUGACGAAGCUGUCAAAGAUACUGUUUGUGAUCCUAAUUAUGUUGUACCAGCAAGUGAAAUAAAUUACGACCAGACUUGUUAAUAUUUGAUACUUAUUUAUUACAAUAAAAUAAA